CAGCCCAAAAUGGCGGCGGGCGGGAUUUUCCUCAGCGCUGCGGGCGCUUCCUGAGGAGAUUUCCCAUUCCUCACCCCAAAAUUCAGUUUCAGGAGCUCGUUACUGUGGGAAGGCUCCAGACACAGAAUUAGGAAAAAGGCAACACAGCCAGGAAGUCUAUUUCAUUGGCUAAAAGGGAAAAGAUUUAUUUCCUUCUUUCCUCUCUGUAGGAUCCAUUCAGGUCAUGCAUUUUAGGGUGUUUCACUCGUAAUUUGGGUUUUGCACCUAGGAAAUAGCCAUCACUUUACGAGGGCAGAGGCUCUAAAUAAAUGUAGUGAGCAAACUGGUGUCUUUUUGGUGUAGCUUUGUUAUUAACUGCAGCACACAGUGCUGUAUUCACUUCCUAAAACAUCACUUUGCAGCUGUAUCUGUAGGCUGUAUUUAGUCCAGACUUGCUAUUAUGACUAUAUAUACCUGGCACGAGUGCAGUUAAUAGUGUUUUGAGUAAUGAUGAGUGUAACAAGGCAUUCUGAACACAAGUUAAUGCAUAAGCAGUGUGUUUCCAAGCAGGAUUUACGCAGUCCUCCUCCACCUGCUGGAACUGUACCAGCAUGUCAAAAUUCCAUGGGUUAAGGACAGGCAGCACGGACAAUUCACUUCAAUGUUUGAAAGUCCUUUUGUAGCAUCUCCUAAGAGCUUCUCGUCCGCAGAACGCUCCCAAGCCUCAAAAGCGGUCCCAGAACCAACGCGAGCAGCAGAGGGCGGCGUUCCCCGCCGCUGGGAGCCUCGGCACGGCAGUGGGCGAUCCCCCUUACGUUUGCUUUUGCUUUGGGCCAUGUGGGUCCUGGGCUAAGCUGAACAGCACAGUGAUGUUACAGAGGGGGCACAAAGGACUGGAGGCUUUGUUUGGGCUUCUGUUUGUUUUGCCUGGAGAAAAUACUCCAUGUGGGGAAGGGGAGCCAGCCCUGGCGUGGCUCUGGGGAUGGCUGUGCAGGACAGUACCGCAGCCCUGCUGCUGUGCUCAGAUGGAGCUGUGCAUCUGACACGGCUCCAGGUCUGGCUUGAAAUCUCUGAAUGGAAAGUUAAAUCUGUGAGCCCAACGAACUGCUGUUCAACUCAUGUUUUAAUCCCCUGCAAGGUGGGAGGGCUCUCUGGGACGAUGUAGUGGAUUCGGGGACAAGAUUUACAACAGCCCACACAGUCCAGGGGGUUGCAGGUGGGAUUCCUCUCCUCUCCGUCCCCUCUGGAUUGCACAGAAUUCCCCACACCCAGCAGAAAGAAGGGAAGCCUGCAGCCCACUGCCACCAAUCCCACCUCCCUCCAGCGGUUACCACGGCGAUGCCGCUGCUGCUCAGCGCUCCUGGGGCAGAGGGAUGGCGGUGGCUGCAGGUUGUGGUGGUGCAAAGAUCUCUGUGGCCUCCGGGUUUGCUGCCAGGUGUUAUUUCCUCUGAUCUCUCAAUUAAGGAGGCCAGGAAGGGAGAGCAGCCAUUCAUUAGCAGCUGCCUCACCAGCAGCUCAGGGGAACUAUAUUUACCAUCUGAGUGUGGUCAAACUGUUUCCUCUCAGCAGGGCGGUGCCUUUCCUUUCCACACACCGCAGCGAGCAGCUUGGGCAAAUUUCAGCCUGGUAGGCUGAGAGAGCAGAGAGAAAGUGGAUUUUUACCUGAGAGAAGCAGCAAGGCUUCUUCUAUUGCUGGUGAAUCAUAGAAAACUGCACGUGGGAAAGAUGCGCCCGAUCUCUGUCCAUCUCCCUGCAGACAGAAGGUCCCUCCUGCAGUAUUGAAUUAAGUUUUAAUGCCCAGGCCGGGGACCCUUCUUGCUCUUUGCACUUUGUUUUCUGUUCCCUCCCCCCAGCUGCACCUCCAGCCUUUCUGUUUCCUCUUUCACCUUCCCUUCCUCCUGCACCUGCUGCCCUGGGGAAGGGCCUGAACAAAACAAAAGAAUCACUCAUGGGGAAACUUCAAUUUGCACAGCUCUGCUCGCCCAAAGCUCACCCUGCAAAUGUGGCUGAGCAGCAAAGGCAGCGGCCAAUGCAAAGUCAGGCCUGGAAAUGCCUUAGGGUGGGAGCAGAGGCCUCUGAAGCUGAGAGUAAAGUCUUUGGUGGCUGCAGGGUGCCCUGAGGCCCGAUGGAACCGUAUUGCCAUCAGCUGGUAAUGCUGUUUGCAAUUUGUGGUUGUGGAAUUAACGUUUUCAUCAUAAUCAGAAAUCUUAGCUGCUGUGCGUGUGGCUGUGGUGUAAGCUGUGCGAUCGAGGCAUCUCAUGUUUUCCUUAGAAACAGUGCAAAGCAUGGAAUCAAUCCCUGCAAGCAUCUCUCCCUCACUGCGCUGUUUGUGCCGGUGUGUCUGCACUGAAUGUUUGUGAGAACUGCCCCGUUACUGCAGUGCAGUCUGUUCUCAGGCACCCCACGGGGAGCUGGUAGGGAGGCACGUAGGUUAAUUUCACUUCUAAGUCUUUGGGUGGACACAAACAUCCAAUGGAGGCACGUAGCCACAGCAAUGCACUUUGGCCAUUACAGAAUGCUUCAAGUAUCCAUUUACUGAGCCUUGUCGACAUCUCUGACCUACCUGCAGGCACUUGGAUUAAUGCAAUGUCUGUUCUCCCACUGCAGACACCAAUAAGUGUGGUCAAUGGAAGCCCAUUAUGUGAUGGUGACGCUAAAAGUUCAGGGACAAAUUAGACCAGAUGUUUCGGUCCUGACUUCAGUCCCGACUUUGGCCAAUGCUCAUUAAUCCUUGAGGAUGUAACCAUGAAACUUUGCCUUCAUGGACAGAUAAUUCAGCAACACUGCACGCUACCCUGGAAACUUAAGAUGAGAAGCAGGCCUCUGCUUUAGCCACAUUUAAUAAAUGUCAUUUUUAAUUGGUGACACACUUCAUACACUUUAAUGAGUGACACUAACAAUUGUGACUCACGUCAUCAGGAACACUUAUUUGAGUGCUGAGAAAUAGCAGGGCUCACAACAAGCUGUCACGAGGAAUUUAAUAAGGAAGAUCUGAUGUCCGCAGAACCUGCAAGAAUGGAUGAGGUGAGAACACUGCUAACAGGGCCUGGCCUGUCUGUGUUAUCAGACAAUGCAUUUCCACUCACCUGAGUCUGAAUUUAAUGGGAUGGUGAGGCAGUGCCUAUGGGAAAUGAACAGGUAGCUUAUGGUAACACCGAGUAAAUGGUAUCCUCAGUUUUUCCAGGGAUUCUUUUCUCAGAGAAGACAAAUACAUUCACUUUCAUUUGCUUGGAGAAAUAGGGUCUGGUCCUCUUAAACAGACCUAGUGGUUCAGCCUGGUGCUCCAGUCCAUCCAUAUGCUCAGUAUCCAAACUGUACUGAGUUACCUGACCAGAUAUCAUAAAGUGAGUAUCCAGACUUGCAUCUCAGUAAGUCCUAUGGUUUCAAAUCACAUCAGAAUUUGGCUUCUUGCCUGAGCUGCUGCUUGUGUUUUUAUCAUUUACUAAGUUGAUAAGGCUCCUCCAUAUCUCCCCACUUCAUAAAAUCAAAAACAAAUACAUCUUACUGUGCAAACAAUUUAAAUGAGAUUUGUGCUGAGCGUUAAAAUCUAGUGGGAUCUUAUUUACAAACUCCUCGUGUUCUCUGCAAGUAACUGUCCAUUCACACUGCAUGGUCACUUGCAUUACACACUUACAGUAUUGCUGAGUUAGAUUCCACCUGUGCAACGCUGUGGCCUAUUCAUGAGUCCAAGAACACAGCAAAGCACACACAGCAAGGGACCUUUUUCUUGAUCAACUGUUGAACAAGUAUGAAUAUCCCUUUUCCAUUACCUCGGGGCUCCAUAGCACUGCGUCAGAAUAAAGGUCUCAAAAAACAAACAAACAAAAAAAAACAACCCACCCAAACAACAACAAAACAGGAGACAGCAAAAGAAUAACACACUUCCCACAAAGUCGUCAUCUUCUCCUUAGUCACAGCUGAACAUUUUAGCAUCUGAGAUUUAUUCUCAUUGGAAGUAGCGAGCUCUCUCCUUCCACUGACACGAGAGGAAAGGUCUUAGUCACAAAGUGCUGUGGUGAUUAUUGGGCAGGUAUAAAAGAAGGUGAAAGGCACUCACUGUCAUUACAACUGGAACAUCACAGGAGGUUGGCAAGGAGAGGCAGCUGUGCAGACCGAGACUUCACUGCCAUCACUACGAGACCACCGGUGAGUAGGUGAUGCUACCCCUGUAACUCUUCUAGUUCUUCCAUGAUUUUCUCUUCAUCACCAUAUGUAAGCUUAGCUUAACCGUUGUGUGUGAGCAGACCUACGUUUGCAUAGGCUAAGAUAUCACGCAGGAUGUAAGCACGUUUGUAUCUCUGUAUAUAUCUUUAUGUACACAUAGGUAUUCAAUACGGAUAUUUUUAAUUGGAAAUAGCACGUGCUCUUCUUCCAUGCCCAGUUUAAUUUGAACAUAUCGUCCAGGGAAAUCACUCUGAAAGUAAUUCUCUGAGAUGAGAAUCAUCUCUGUACACUUUCCAGCUGCUUUUCUUAAGCCAGAACUCCACUUCCUUACAGAAAAAAUAUCCACUAUCAAUCUAAUCCGAUCCUCACGUGUGGUGGCUGAUUUGGAUGUCCAUAGCAGCACUCGUAUUGCUCAUGGAAGAGGCUGUAUUAUUCAGGUCCAAAUCCCCAGGGCUGCGUCCACAUUUUCACUUGAUUUGCACUGUCCAGUCUUAAACCCUCUUUGAGUUUCGUGACAGAUGUUUUAAGCAGCAAUCCUGAUCGUUUUGCCACAUUUCUGCCAGGUUUUAAUCUUUCCAGUUCCAAAUGAAAUAAUCUCCUGUGCCUGCAAAUGCACAAGAGUUGGAAGCUGUACACUGAGGUGCAUGAGAGGGAAAGGAGAUCCAGGAUUCUCAGCAAAGAAAUGCAUAAAUUUACCAGGAAAUCUCCUCAUCUUUUACUGGUGUACUAGUCCAUACGUCGGAUGUUCUGGGAGGUUCUGGGGUGAUCUGUAUUGCUCCACUUUUAUUUGUGCUUGAAGGCUGAAAUUCAUUUUAUCAGGUGAAUGAACGACAAGAGAAGGAAAGACUUCUGGUCAUACCUUCAGCUUCUUGUCCUGCUGAUCAGAUUUAAAGAGGAGAGAAAAUGUUCCUGCCCCAGAGACCUCUGCAGAUGGUUACAUUUUUGGCGAUCUUUUUUCUUGCCUGUUUUGCAACACGUCAAAGCACUGAAAAUAGAAGAGCAGUGACGGAGCACCAGCUCAUGCAUGAUAAGGCGAGGGCAUUUCAAGGGCUGAAGCGCCUGCUGUGGCUCCACAAUGCCCUAGGUAGUGUGCACACAGCCAGCAGCAGGGAUAUUUCCCUUUCAAAUGCCAUAUGGGAUUCACAGAAGUCCAGAGAUCCCUCAGAUCUCUACAACAGCAUCAGCAGAGACGAGACUUCAAACCCGAUGAAGCAGCUCCUGGAACUGAUAGAAGAUGAGCAAGGCUUCCCCCUACUGAGGAAGCAGUAUUUGCUGCAGAAUCCAAAGACCCCAGAGGGUAACUGGAACCCACAAGACGUUUUUGAUCUCCUUCAAAUCAAAGAGUUUGGCAGAAGGAGAAAUCAUAGCAACCAGCCACAGAACUUUUCCCACUAGCCUCCAUGCAGCUCAGCCUGUGCACUGCUUUAGAUAUGUGAUGUUUUAAGGAAAAGCACUCAUGCAAAGGUGAACUGCAAAAGAAAAGUAGUGUCUGUUUGUUCCAUUACCUGUUUGUGAGUGUCGAACAGAGAGCCUUUUACAGACCUGGCUCCCCUCCCUAGCAGGCAGUCUGAGUAUCAUGGCUGUGAGAUGCAGUGAUUUUUAAGAGGCCAGAAAUCUUGCUUUUCAAGGCAAGGCCCUUCCUGACUGUUAGCAGUACAUCACAGGGCUGUGGCAGACCUCUGCAGCCCAGGCAAAGCAGGAAGUUUGGUUCACUAAUCUGCACGCUCACGGCUUCGCUUGAAGUUUUCUGUUUUGUCUUCUAAGAAAGCCAUUACCUCCCAAUAAUGUUUUCUUCUGUUUCACACCUGCCCGCAGCUCUGCCCCUGCUCUGCAGUAGUGAUGAUUCUCCUCAUACUUUAGGUCCAAAGGUGUUUUUUUUUCCUUCAGGUUCCUUUCAGGUUUUCCUUCAGAAUAGCAAACUUUUGCAAUGCCACAGAGGCAGCAGAUCCACCACUGCCCACCUAAGCAUGACCCGUUACCCUCCUGCUGGUGAGAAAGAUGAGAAUCACCCUCCAAACUCCCCAUUCAAGCCUUUUAUUUCAAGGAUUUCCACCUUUUCUGUGAGCCCACGCAGUGUACUGCAUUUUCUGAGCAGAAAACCAACUUCCUCGUGUUUCCUCCAACAGAAACAGACCGCUCACGAUUCAGUUUUGUUAUUCACCUUAAGGCUGAUCAGCUCCAGGCAAAGCAACGUCUGAUUUAACUGCAAAAUUGGCCUUUCAGAAAUGCAACCUGUGAGUUGUGAUAUGAAUAUAUCUGCAUUGCCAUCACGUAGGGACCACGCGUGGCAGUUUAAAUCCUGACACUCCUCUGCUGCUGCCAGAUUUCAUGUGCAAAGGGUGCCCUUCAGUGCUAGAUCCAAACCCCAGUAACUCGGUGUUGUAAUAAAAGCGUUUCCACCCCCUG